AUGGCGGCGCCUGCUGCAUCAGCAGAGGCGGUUCUUCUUCUCCUAGUAUUAUUAUUGGUACUCGCCGCGGUGGCGCUGAGAUGCGGCGAUGCGCUGAGCCUGGAUUUGUACGACGAGAGCUGCCCGGAGGCGGAGGCGGCAGUGACGGCGGCCGUGCGGCAGGCCAUGGCCAACGACCGCACCGUGGCGGCCGGGCUCCUCCGAAUGCAUUUCCACGACUGCUUCGUCAGGGGCUGCGACGGCUCCGUUCUGCUGGACUCGACGGCCAACGUGACGGCGGAGAAGGACGGCCCGCCCAACGUGUCGCUGCACGCCUUCUACGUCAUCGACAACGCCAAGCGGGCCGUGGAGGCCCUCUGCCCCGGCGUCGUCUCCUGCGCCGACAUCCUCGCGCUCGCCGCAAGGGACGCCGUCGCGCUGUCCGGUGGUCCGUGGUGGGUGGUGGCCGUGGGGCGGCGGGACGGGCGCGUGUCCCUGGCCAACGAGACGACGGCGCUGCCGGGGCCGACGGCCAGCUUCGAGCAGCUGAAGCAGGCGUUCCACGGCCGCGGGCUGUCCACCAAGGACCUGGUGGUGCUGUCGGGCGCCCACACGCUGGGCUUCGCGCACUGCUCCUCCUUCCAGAACCGCAUCCGGCUCCAGGGCACCGACGCCGCCGCCGACCCUUCCCUGAGCCCCUCCUUCGCCGCCGCCCUCCGCCGUGCGUGCCCCGCCAACAACACCGUCCGCGCCGCCGGGUCCGGCCUGGACGCCACCUCCGCGGCCUUCGACAACACCUACUACCGGAUGCUGCUGGCCGGCCGGGGCCUGCUCUCCUCCGACGAGGCGCUGCUCACGCACCCCAAGACGUGCGCCUUCGUCGCGCUCUACGCCGCGUCGCAGGAGGCCUUCUUCAGGGCCUUUGCAAAGUCCAUGCUGCGGAUGGCCGCGCUCAACGGAGGCGACGAGGUGCGAACCAACUGCAGGCGCGUCAACUCAUCAUGA